UGAGUGAACAGGUGAACAUGAGAGAGCUUCAGUCGCCUCUGACAGUGGACGCAUGCUCAUGGAUGGAGGGGAACACGUCUGUCACAGUUUGAUGUGAUUUUAUUUCUUUAAAUGAUGAAGGUGUUUACUUCCGUGGAGUGUUGGACAGUUUUCAGCUCGCACGCUUUUUUUUUCCGUUUUUUUAAGUGAACUAAUUAUUUGACUACAUAAUCUGUGUUUUUAGUAUUUGUGCCUGCCUCUAUUAUUUAAAAUGGCUUUUGCCAAAUUCAGCAAGAUCCUCCGACUCCCUACGAUUGAAGUGAAGAAGAAAACCAAACAGUAUGAGCACGUUCAUCGGGACGUGAAUCCAAACGACAUUUGGGAAAUUAUCGGUGAAUUGGGCGAUGGCGCUUUCGGGAAAGUUUAUAAGGCCCAGAAUAAAGAAACCGGUGCACUAGCUGCAGCCAAAGUCAUUGAAACCAAAAGUGAAGAGGAGCUGGAGGACUACAUGGUGGAGAUCGACAUCUUAGCAUCCUGCGACCAUCAGUACAUCGUCAAACUGCUCGAUGCCUUCUUCUACGACAACAAACUGUCGAUAAUGAUCGAGUUUUGCCCCGGAGGUGCAGUCGAUGCCACAAUGUUAGAGCUGGACAGGGGUCUUGAAGAGCCUCAGAUUCAGGUGGUCUGUAAACAAAUGCUGGAGGCUCUUCAGUAUCUCCACAGCAUGAAGAUCAUCCACAGAGACCUGAAGGCUGGAAACGUUCUCCUCACACUGGACGGAGACAUCAAGCUAGCCGAUUUUGGAGUUUCUGCAAAAAACACCAAAACUCUUCAACGACGAGACUCUUUUAUUGGGACGCCAUAUUGGAUGGCUCCAGAGGUGGUGAUGUGCGAGACAAUGAAGGACGCUCCAUACGACUACAAAGCCGACAUCUGGUCUCUGGGCAUCACGCUGAUCGAGCUGGCUCAGAUAGAGCCGCCUCACCAUGAGCUGAACCCCAUGAGGGUCCUGCUAAAAAUCGCCAAGUCUGAGCCUCCCACCCUGGAGCAGCCGGCCAAGUGGUCGAUGGAAUUCAAGGAUUUCCUGAAAAAAGCUUUGGACAGAAACCCUGAGACGAGGCCAACGGCUGCUCAGCUUCUAGAACAUCCUUUCGUCAGUUCGGUGAACACCAACCGCCCGCUGAGAGAGCUGGUGGCCGAAGCCAAAGCCGAGGUGAUGGAGGAGAUCGAGGACAAUCAUGAAGAAGCAGAAGACGAGGACCCUGCAGACCUCUUAUCUGUGCCCAUCAAAGACCCGUCAGAAACCAGUGAGACCAGUUUAUACGGGGACCAUCACCACAAUGGAGCUCCAAUGGAGCUCGAGGAGGACCCCAGGACUCCUGCGUCCACCGAAAACCCUUUGAAAGACCAGGAUGAUCUCAGCGACAGGUUUCCAGACGAGGAUCACGACAAACCUGAGAGCGAGGCGUCAGGCAAGACCUCCAGCUCGGACUCCGGCAUCGAGGAUGGAAAGAGCACACCGACCUCCGAGGAGGAGCCCAAGACGGUCGAGAGCUCAGAGCCAGAGCUAGCUUCUCGGAGAACACCUGAACCUUCAGAGUCAUCCGGAUCAGAGCAAGCCUCAGAGAAACCGGAGAAGGAUGAAGCUCUUAGCACGAGGGAGACGCCCAGCCAGCAGCCGCAUGCCAUUCUGAGCCGAACCGAGACUAGAGACCCAAACAAUCGCAUGUCUGUGAUGAGCGACCGCUCCUCACUGGCUGGAGAGGAUGGGGAAAGGUUAUCAAACGGCAGGUUAUCGAAACGAUUCUCUGAUGUGACGAGUGAGAACAUGGACAUCAGCUUGAACCUGUCCGGGGAUAUGUCCGUCAACAAAGACUUGGGCACCAUCUCUAUACGGGACAACAAGAAGACGCUGAAGCGCACGCGUAAGUUCCUGGUGGACGGUGUGGAGCUGAGCGUCACCACCUCCAAAAUCAUCUCUGACGACGAGAAGAAAGACGAGGAGAUGAGGUUCCUCAGGCGUCAGGAGCUGCGAGAUCUGCGUCUGCUGCAGAAGGAGCAACACCGCGCUCAGGCUUUACUCACGCUGAAGCUGAAGGAGCAGUGGGAGCAGAUGCAGCGCAGAUUCGACCAGGAGAUGAACGCCAAGAAGAAAUACUACGACACAGAGCUGGAGACGUUAGAGAAGCAGCAGAAGCAGACCAUCGAGAAAAUGGAGACGGAGCACACGGUGCGACUGCGAGACGAGGGCAAACGCAUCCGCGCAGAACAAGAGAAAGCCUACAACAAGUUCCUGGACCAGAUGAAACACCGCAAGAAAGAGGUCAAACAAGAAGUGGAGAAGCUGCCCAGGAGUCAGAGGAAAGACAGCCUGAAGAUCAAAAUGAACAACUUCCAGCAGAUGAAAUCAGACGAGGAAGAGAAGUUCCUGGCAGAUCAGAGGGAUUUUCUGGACUCGACUCUGAAGAGCAUCAUCGCUCAGAACAAGCGGGAGAUCUCCGAGACGGAGCGCCAGUGUCUCAUCAAGAAACAGAAUCUGCUCCGAGAGCGAGAAGCCACAAUCUGGGAUCUGGAAGAGAAGAACUUGCACGAGAGACACCAGCUCCUCAAACAGCAGCUGAAGGACCAGUACUUCCUGCAGAGACACCAGCUCCUCAAGAAACACGAGAAGGAGCAGGAGCAGAUGCAGUGCUACAACCAGCGUAUGAUCGAGCUCCUCAAGGCCCGACAGCAGCAGGAGAAGAACAGGCUGCCCAAGAUCCAGCGCAGCGAGGCCAAAACACGCAUGGCCAUGUUCAAGAAGAGCCUGAGGAUCCAGUCCAGCGGGAGCUCCGCAGAAGACCGUGAGAAGACCAAGCAGUUCUCCAGGCUGGAGGAGAAGAGGCAGAAGGCAGAGCGCUUGCACCAGCAGCAGAAACAUGAGAACCAGAUGAGGGAAAAGAUCAGCGAAUGCGAGGGAAAUGCCAGAGAACUGCAGCAGCUGCAGAACGAGAAGUGUCACCUGCUGAUAGAAAACGAGACGCAGCGCCUGAAGUCUCUGGACGAGCAGCACAACCAGCAGCUGAAGGAGUGGAGGGAACGCCUCAAGCCCAGGAAGAAGGUCCUAGAGGAAGAACUGAACCUGAGGAAGAAAGAGCAGGAGCUUUUCUUCAAGAUGAGUGAAGAUUCCCAGUGUCAGAACGUCGGCUCACCAAACAGACUCACAAAGUUCGUCCCGUACGUCGAUUCGUCCACCACAUGAGCCAAGCACGAGAAACUUCAACCACAUGACCCUGAAGCCAAAGAAACACAGAUACUGACAAACACAGCGUCUCUUUAGAGUACACUCACCUUCAUUCAUUCAAUAGUGACCAACAGAGAUGGAAGUGUAUUGAUGCAUUCAUUCAAACGCAGGGAUUUUCUACUGGUGAGUAAGAAACAUUGAACGGCGUCGUUUCUUUGCGCCUUCGUUUAUUUAAAAGCUACUGUUGUCAUAUUAUGUUCAAGUUAGCAAAAAUUGCAUUGCCAAAUAUAUUGCACAAAUCUUGCAUAUUCUUAUAUAUUGUAUUUUUUCUAUGAUCAUUUAAUAUAUAUAUUGCAACUCAUCACUUUUCUUUUAUAACCAGUUUCCUUGUACAAAUGUUUAAAUGCUGAUUUUAUUUUUAAGUCUUUCUUUACUAAAGUGAAAAAGUGUACAUUUUAAUUGGUACAUUAUUUUACCGAAUGUUUUGUUGUCGUUUUAUGUUUUAGACCGCAACUAGUUUGCUAUUUUUAUUAAUCUGCAAUGUUCACCAAUAUGUGAGUUAUUGACUGUCAGUGGCACAUUUACUGUAAAUGCAUCACACUGGACGAGAGCGAUGAGACCCACGGCUUCAGAAAUGAGCUUUUCAUGCAUGUUUUCUUCAGUUUAUUAUUUAUCAUUUGUUAUAUGUUGCUGUCUAAAGCACUGUCACCUAACCAAAGUGCAAUAUGUUGCUGCCUUCAGCUUUUAUACAGGUGUUAUUUUACAACAACUUCCAUUCUUUAGCCAUUUUAAGGAUAUCUAUUUACACAGCCAAUACCUACUUUUUUUCUUUCUUUUCUGAGUCUGUAACUCUGUGUAGCCAUAGGAUCAGUGUGGGUGAUGUAUGAAAGUGUCCAACCAGAGUAUCUAUAAUAAAUGAGAUGUUUAUUAUUCAUCCUUACAGUU